CCGCCGCGCAGAAAGCAGCUGCAUGCGAGCGGACUGCCACAGAGGAGGAGCUUUCGGCCGCAGUCUAAGAACACGGAGGACACAGUGCUGGUCCCGAGGGGAGCACCAACGGCUGCCCAAGUUACCCAAGCGGACUGUCUUCUUCACUUGGUGCAUGGAACUGGAGCUAGCUUCCACUUCAGGAUUUAGGUUUAUAGAAAGAAAAGAGAGGUGGGAAGCCACAGACUAGAAGGAACUGAAGACAUCUUUCGGUCAUUCCAACUGAACUAGGUUGUAUCUAACUGGAAUGAACUUCCUUUUGCCCCUUUGCUUUGACUACCAAGGAAUGUGGACGCCUUGUUGGGCGUCCUCCAGGGAGCCCUUCCCUGACACAGCCCCCUUCCCACCUUCUCCCCCCUCUUCCUGAUAUAGAUCAGCUCCUGGUGACUCAUUUGCCCUUACUUCCUGGCCCUUUCAGAGCCCAGGCCUGUGUUUGAAACCUGACAUUGUAAAGACGCUUCCUACUUUUGGAGGAGAGGCUCUUCUUCCAGGUGCCUGCGUGGAUUUGUGUUCCUCUUGAAAAGAAUGGCUGAUGUGUGCACCUGGCCUCUCUCCCCUAGGGCUUAGCAGUGGCCGCCAUGGGUUCUGUGAAUUCCCGAGGUCACAAGGCCGAAGCCCAGGUGGUGAUGAUAGGCCUCGAUUCAGCUGGCAAGACCACGCUCCUGUACAAACUGAAGGGCUACCAGGGGGUGGAGACCCUACCCACUGUUGGUUUCAACGUCGAGCCGCUCAAAGCCCCUGGGCAUGUGUCUCUGACAAUCUGGGAUGUCGGGGGGCAGACCCAGCUGAGGGCCAAUUGGAAGGACUACCUGGAAGGCACGGAUGUCCUCGUGUAUGUUCUGGAUAGCACAGAUGAAGCACGCUUGUCCGAGGCAGUGGCUGAGCUCGUGGGAGUCCUGAACGAUCCACACAUGGCCAGUGUCCCUUUCUUGGUGCUGGCCAACAAGCAGGAGGCCCCCGGCGCUCUGCCGCUGCUUGGGAUCAGAGACAGGCUGGGCCUGGAGAGAUUCCAGGACCGCAGGUGGGAGCUCCGGGCCUGCAGUGCCCUCACCGGAGCCGGGCUGCCCGAGGCCCUGCAGAGCUUGAGAAGGCUCCUGAAAUCCCGCUGCCACUGUGUUUCCACGUGAGUGCAGGUGCGACAGGGAGUGGGGAGAGCAAGAAGACUGGGUCCAGGCCGAGCAGUGUGUCUGUGCCCAUACGAACUGAAAGCAGCAGCUGGUCCUUGAGAAUCUGAAACUCAGUUUAUCAAAGAAGUCCUUCUGUGCUUGGACAGGAUAUUUUCUUCUUGGAGCUUAUUGUCACUAGUGUUUAUGCUGAAAACUAACUAUUCUUUGAAUAAUAAUACUCUAAGGGGGAAAAAUGCCUCAACAUGCUUCUUUGAGUAACUCAUUACCAAGGGUGAACUGAGCAAUUGUAAUAGAACAAUGAAUGGUCGUAUUACAAUUAAGACCUAAAUUCACAGAGGGAAAGGUUUCAAAAUCAGAUUAAAAUAUCAUCUGGACAUCGUCACAAUGUUAGGAGUGAUUUU